AUGACUAGCCUACAGGCAGAUGACGAUAGUGCUACUACUAUAGGUGGAGAGUCACCAACGGCAUCCCAUGAGGAACGGCCCUACAAAUUCUUAGUCGCACUCGAUUUUGGAACAGCGAAUACUUCAGUAUCUUACCUCAAAUUUGACCCAAAAAACCCUCCCACGAGACUCCACAGCAGCGAUAUCAAAUCCAUUAGAUCAUGGCCUAACUCGCCAUCGAAGACGAACCAUACAAACGCAAGAUCCGCAAACGUUCCAAGCGAAAGUUGGUAUUUGAAUGGAGAAUAUCUUUGGGGAUAUUCCGUGAGGCGGAGAAUUCAAAAACCUCAACCUUCGGACACAAUUACUGAGUCGAAAAACGUGAUCAAGUUUUCGAAACUGCUCCUCCAAGACGGCGGCAGAUCUUUUCCGUGGUUGAUCGAAUUAUUACACCGCAUCAACAAAACUCCCCACGAAGUCAUUAAAGACUAUCUUAUCCAGAUAUUCAUGCAUACCAAAAAUGAGUUGAAGAAGCAUGAAGAUUUCAAAGACUCUUCUGCUGCCGUGGACCUUGUAAUAUGCAUUCCGGCUGGCUGGUCAUCGAAGGCACAGAUAGAUAUGCAAAUCAUUAUGCAAGAGGUCGCCAAAGAAGUAGACUUUGGGUACCGAGAUUUUGAACCCUUUAUAAUCCAUGAGCCCGACGCUGCUGCUGCUCACCUACUAGAAGCCCUUGAAGGCUAUGUUACACUUGAGCAAGGCGAGACGUUCAUCAUAUGCGAUGCCGGAGGGGGAACUGUGGACGCUACUACGUAUCGUGUCAAGGAAGUCAACCCAUAUCGAUUCAAAGAAGUAAUUCAUCCCGCGGGUCUUAACUGUGGAUCUAGCUACAUCAAUGACAGACUUGCUCCAAAAAUAAAGCAAAGGUUACAAGGAGAAACGUACCUUGAAGAGAUUAUGCCCAUUGAUUUUUUCGUGCAAGAGGCUGUUUCUUUUGACUUUGAAUAUCAAAUCAAGUAUGAAUUCACUUAUGAAGAGUACUUAGGCCAGACUCCACAAGAACACUCUAUUCGGAUUUUCGGUCUUCGAGAAGACGAGCAAAAGAAUUUUGGCACAAGUAUACUUAACCUUGAAUGUGAAGAAAUUGCUGAGUGCUUCAAAGACAGUAUAGAGGAUACGGUUAGCUUGCUCAAACAACAGGUUGAAGGCGUUGAAGCCAUUCGGGGCUAUUCAGGCGUUCAGAAAAUUCUUCUUGUUGGUGGAUUUUCCCAGUCCCCAGCUUUACGACGCAAGAUUGAGGAAGAAUUUGCAGCAAGUGUCGUUUAUACAGAUUUAGAUAUGUCCUCAAUUGUCUCCCAUGGUGCAGUUUUCCGUGCAUUGAACAAAAAAAACGGCCCGGAAAGAAAGAUAGCAGCCAGCAUUGGAGUACUAACGGAAGAGCUGUUUGAUUCUAAUAAUCCGGGGCAUUGGACGAUACCCGAGGGCACACAUAGCCAUCUCGAUGGAGAACAUUGGGCACGAGAUCUUAUUGAUUGGCACAUAAAAAAGCACGCCGUGUUGAAAGCCAAGCAAUCGUCGAAGAGGGUUCUCUUCCAACGAUUUGAAGAAGGAGAGGAAUGGGAAAUAAGACAAAGACUAUAUUUGUCUGAUCAAAGAGUUAAGGACUCCUAUUACUGCCAUAGUGCCGCGAAUCAAAGCGCUAUUGUUGCCGGUGUUCUUAAGGCGGAUUUGUCUGAGUUAAAAAAUACUGGUCAAAUUCAGAAGAUAGAGGCAGUCGCGGCAAACUCAGGUCCCUAUUACGAAUUCCACUACGAACUCGAACUAGAAGUUGAUGGACGCAACCUCACGGUUAGACUAAUUUAUCCACCUGGCGGAUAUUGUUACGAUGAGACGAGAAUAUGCAUUGCAGCUUACUUCAAAGCGGGAACCGAAUAA